UUGCCGACUCCUAUCUGGCCCCACCCUUGUCCGGGAUGCCGUCAUACCGUCUCGGCCUACUUUAGCAACUCUCAAAGACAGGCCACCAAGGAUGCCGGUGCCAUUGCCGGCCUCAAUGUCAUCCGCAUCAUCAAUGAGCCCACUGCUGCCGCCAUUGCCUAUGGCCUCAACUACAAAGGAGAGAAGAAGAAUGUGGUGGUCUUCGACAUAGGCGGUGGCACCUGUGACGACUCCAUCCUGACAAUAUCAAAGGGUACCUUCAAGGUGAGGGCCACCGCUGGCGACACCCACCUUGGCAGGGAGGAUUUCGACAACCGCAUUGUUGCUCACUUUGCAAAAGAGUUCAAGCGCAAGUAG